UAGGCUACCAUCUCCUCGACGACACGGUUCUUCACCGUCUUCCAGAGCGCCCGCCCACUUCCCUGUUCAUUCCUCUUACUUCCCCGCAUCCUCCUCCCUCUUUUGUGCAAUGGCGGACGUCUCUGAUCCUGCAAUCAUAGAAGCCUACAACGACGUCCGCUCGGACAAGACGGACACGAAGUGGCUUCUGCUUGACUACGAGUCGGACCGCUCGGACAAGCUGCAGGUCUCGAAGACAGGGACAGGGGGAUUGACGGAGCUGCAAGAGAACUUGGACAACAGCAAGGCCUCCUACGCGUACGUGCGCGUCACGUACGCCAACGACAAGGAGUCCAAGCGGGAGAAGUUCAUCCUGGUGGUCUGGAUAGGGCCUGAAUGCAAGGUUAUGCGCAAAGCGAAGAUCUCCGUCCAUGCCGCAGAUGUCAAGCAGGUCUUGCGAGUAUACUCACUCGAUGUCCCCGCGCGCGAGAAGGACGACCUGAACGAGGAGCCCAUCGUCAAGAAGUUACGGAAGGCUGGCGGCGCAAGCUACGACGGCAUCUAGCAAUCGCACGCCUCCAUCAGUCUCUAUUUGCACGCUUUCUUAGCCAUAAUAUAUUUUCUGGGCAUUGGUUUCGCAUCUUCACCUCUCGACGCGCUCGGGAAGACGCAAGUGCACGC